AUAAAUAUGACUUCUGAUUAAUUCCAAAAUCUGUCAAUUUCUCUACUGUAGUUGGAUUCAGCUUUCUUAUGAGGCCCGCGGCGAGGCAACGGCGGCGCUCCGAUCUAACCCUACCGAUGCCGCAGCGCGACACCUCGCUGGCCGUCCCCCUCCCUCUCCCGCCGAGCGCCUCUUCCCCUCUCCAAUUACAGCACUCCGAGCUCGAGCGCGUGAGCCGCAUCGGCAGCGGCGCCGGCGGCACGGUGUACAAGGUCCUCCACCGCCCCACCAACAAAAUCUACGCCCUCAAAGUCAUCUACGGCAACCACGAGGACGCCGUCCGCAACCAGAUGCGCCGCGAAAUCCAGAUCCUCCGCGACGUCGACAACCCUAACGUCGUCCGCUGCCACAACCUAAUCGACCACAACGGCGAAAUCCAAGUCCUGUUAGAGUACAUGGACCGCGGAUCGCUCGAGAGCCGCCACAUCCCCAACGAAUCCCCCCUCUCCGACCUCUCCCGCCAGAUCCUCUGCGGAUUGCACUACCUCCACCGCCGCAAAAUCGUCCACCGCGACAUCAAACCAUCCAAUUUACUCAUCAAUUCGCGAGGAAUUGUGAAAAUCGCCGAUUUCGGAGUCUCGCGAAUCCUGGCACAGACCAUGGACAACUGCAAUUCGUCGGUGGGGACGAUCGCCUACAUGAGCCCCGAGCGAAUCAACACCGAUCUCAAUCACGGGAGAUACGACGGCUACGCCGGCGAUAUUUGGAGCCUGGGAGUCAGCAUUCUCGAAUUCUAUUUGGGGAAAUUCCCCUUCUCCGUCGGGAGGCAUGGGGAUUGGGCGAGUCUAAUGUGCGCCAUUUGUUUGUCUCAGCCGCCGGAGGCGCCGCCCACCGCCAGCCGCCAGUUUAGGGAUUUCAUCGCUUGCUGCCUGCAGAGGGAUCCGGCGAGGCGGUGGACGGCGGCUCAGCUGUUGAGGCAUCCGUUCAUCACUCCGGUGACUGUGACCAAUCAUCCUUCAUUUAACUAAUAAUUUACCUGUUAAUUUUAUAGAAAUGAUCUUGUUUAGCAUGAUCAACAAUGUUAUAUCGAGGUUCGGUUCGGUUGCCAUGACGUAUCUUAUAUCUUUUCGGUUUUAUUUGUCUUAAAAGCAUGAUGUAACAAUUUAUUUAGGCAUGAUGCCAGAAUUAGAUUGUAUCCUUUGAUUAACUAAUUUUACUUCAGGGCUCCUGUGACUA